CACCUCAUCCCCUCCUGCAAUCCCUACUCCUUCCGCCAUGCCCGAGCCCAUCAAGAUUCUCACCAUCGGGCCGCCGGACGGCUCCAUCUCCUCGCUCGUCGCAAAGGUCGGCGCCAUCAAUGCGCGCCACGGGCCCUUUGCCGCGCUCUUCGUCCUCGGCGACUUCUUCGCACCCGCGCACGCAGACGUGGCAGACGCUGUGCGCGCAGAGGAGGAGGCGCUGCUCAAGGGCGACAUCACCUUGCCGUUGCCUACCUACACUCUCCACCCGCCAUCGCCGCUCUCGACUUCUCUGCAGACACGCAUCCUCUCCGCCGAGCUGCGCGCGGACGGGACUCGUCAGCUGGCGGAUCAGCUCUUCUAUCUGGGCAAGAGCGGCGUGUGCCGCAUCGGCGGCAAGGACGGGCAGGAAGGCCUGAACGUCGCAUAUGUCGGCGGGGCUUGGGAUGCACAGCGCUGGGCAGCUGAGAGCGAGCAGAGUGUCGACGAGCUCUCCACGUCUCACAUCACGCGCGCUAGCGUCGCCUCUCUGCUCGCGCACCCUUCCUUUCAGGCACCCGUCGCAGCCAGCAGCAGCAGUGCAGCUCCUACGACUCUCGCCGCCGCACGUGCUGCCGCGGCCGCUGCCGCUGCUGCAGCUUCCAGCAGCUCUGCUGCAUCUGCUCCGCCCAUUGAUCUGCUCCUGACCAACGUGUGGGCCUCGAGCAUCACUCUCUUCUCGCCCGCCGAUGCGCUGCCCGAUCCUACGUCUCGCACGUGGGGCACGCCGGCACUCAUGCCCAUCUAUCGUCUCUCGCGAGCUCGCUACAUCUUCUCUCUGGCGCCCGGUCCUCUGCCUCCAUCCGCAGACGAUGGCGUCGUCGGCCUCUCUCCUGCCAUUCGCGCACGCGGCACGUUCUGGGAGCGUCCACCUUUCCGCACCGAGGCGGGUCCAGAAGCAGCAAGCACCUCUUCGCGCUUCAUCAGUCUCGCUCGCUUUGCAAAUGCGGAAAAGGCACGCUGGUUCUACGCGCUGUCUCUCGUGCCUGCCUCAAGCAUGGACGCGGCGCAGAGGAAGGCCGCAAGUGUUGCGCCGAAGAACAUCACGCCGAGUCCGUUUGCUGUGACGCCUGCCGUCAAGCGUGAGGGUGAGGCGUUGGACAGCGGCGCCAACUAUCGCUGGGCAGGCGAGCCAACAAAGGGCAAGCGACCUCGGCGCGACCCAGGCACGGGCGCCAACUCGAUUGGUGCAUCAGGCGAAGAGCGUGCCUCUGGCUCCUCGGACCGAAAGCACAGAGGAGCGGCGGCACCAGUGGCGCCCUCGGACUGCUGGUUCUGUCUCUCCAACGAGCAGUGCGCCAAGCAUCUCGUGGUCUCCAUUGGCACAGAGUGCUACGUCGCCCUGCCGAAGGGCCAGCUACUUGAUUCGGGAGCAGAGGGAAAUCUGGUGCCUGGUGGAGGCCAUGUUCUCAUCAUUCCGAUCACGCAUGUCCCCUCUCCCCUCUCGCUGUCUCCCACGCUCGCCGCACCGCUGCUCUCCGAGAUGUCCGCCUGGCGCUCCGCGCUACGCACCACGUACGCCACGUUCGGCUGUGUGCUAGUCGGCUGGGAAAUUUGUCGCUCACAGGGCACGCGCGUGGGGCAUAUGCAGGCGCAGGCGCUGCCCGUGGCUGCCUCGCUGGCGCCCAAGCUCGAGCAGUGGUUCCGCGCCAAGGCAGAGGAGGAAGGCUAUCAGUUUGUCCCGGAUGAGGAAGUCGAGGAACGUUUGAAGGCGGGCACAGACGAGCAGGAGCAAAUGGCACGCGCAGACUACUUCCGCCUGGAUUUGCCCAACAAGACGCUCCUCGUGGAUCUCAACGACCCGAGCGUCCGCUUCUCACUGCAGUUCCCGCGACAAGCACUGGCGCAGCUGCUCGACGUGCCGUCGCGCGCAGACUGGCGGGUCUGCGCACGAAGCGAGGCAGUGGAACGUGCCGAGAAGGAGGCGUUUGCCAGCGUGUUUGAGGAUGCGGCAAAGAAGGUCGUCGGCGACGACUAGUCGGGGAGAAAUGGAAUGCAGAGAGCAUCCAAAACCUGCUGCU